UCCCCGGAAGUGACUGAAUCACGAAUAGUGAAAUAUUAUUUUUCUUGAAGAGACGUGACCUCGAUAGCGAUUUGAUCCUUCUGUUUACACCAGUUAGUGGAGUGUUAAUGUCGCCCAUCUAAGUGACGUACUUUAGAGGUCAACAUGAUAUCCUUAGCGGCUGCGGGUUUGGCUUGCUAUAAACAUGGACGUGUCACUGCUAGACUUGUCAGAAUGCGUUUUAGAACUUUAAGAAUGGGAGUUAGACAGUUGCAGACCUCAGCAGUUGCAUUGACAAAAGCAGACAUAGAUGAGGAAACGGUGCCAUUUAAAAACACCAAAGCUGCUUCGUGGAAAAGCACCAACUCUGUGAUCCCUGCCCGAGAAGUGCCAGUAUACCAGCCUGUCAUCAUAGGUAUUAGUGUCAUGGUGUUCCUUGUGUACUUCUUAAUCCUCAGGGAAGAGAGUGACAUUGACUCUGAAUUUCGAGGAUCUUUGUUUGACCGUGUUCCAGGAUUAGAGGAAACUCAGUUGAAACUUUCCAUUGAGUACAAUACUAAAUUAGGUAAAGAUGUAACAGAGUUGGAAAUGAGACUGGCCGAGAUUGUGGGCUCCAAGUGAAAGAGAUCCACAAUAAAGUUGGAGUUGAAUCUUUUUGUAUAUAUGUAUGUUAAUGUGUGUACUGCAGAGAGCAAAAAUUAGAAUCUGUAUGUUCCACAAUUAGGGUAAAGUGAUCUCGACAACUUUGAUUUGUAUUCUUUAAUUAUUCAUUCUGUAUUGGAUGUCAAACAUUUGGCAACCCUGUCCUUGUUGAAUGCCUCCACUCUGUAGCCAUGUACAACGCCAUGGCACGUUUACAACUACAGCCAUUUGGUGUCUAGGAUAUAGUAAUUUUAAUUACUUGUAUUUAAAACAAUUUAUUACCCAAACUGGUCACAAAUAAUUUGGGAAUAUUUCUCACCGAGAAGUAUCAUGCAUCGCCCAGUGGUAAAGUGCUCACCCAUGCCUCUAGGAUCGAGCCCCAUGUGGGAACCCAUUGUUCCAGCAUAUGCACAACUGGUUUAUCAAACAUUGUGUUAUAAGAUACAUGUAUUCUGCCUGUGGCCCUUGCUACUAAUGGAAAAAUGUAGUGCUUUCUCUAAGACAUAGCAAAUUACCCGUUUUACAUCCAAUAACCGAUGAUAAAUGAAUCAAUGUGCUGUAAUGGUGUCAUUAAACAAAAACUUUUUGAUGUAAUGUAUAUUGUUGGUCAAUGUAGCAGUCCAGUUCAUCACAACUGGUCAAAGACUGUGGUAUGUGUUUUCCUGUCUGUUGGAAAAUACAUAUAAAAGAUCCCUUGCUGCUAAUGGAAAAAUAUGGUAGGUUUCAGAAUUACCAAAUGUUUAACAUCAAAUAGUUCUAGCUGUGUGGUUAAACCCAGUCUGUUCAGGAUUUGGAACAAAAUGUCAGAGAUUUACAUGUUCAUAUUACACAUCAGUUUUAAACAGGUUUGGGUUUUUUGAAAAUUAUCUGUGAACAUGAAAAAAAUUGUCAUAACGUUCUUGGUGCAAGUGGCUUUAAACAAUGUCUUCUAAUGGGCCCCACAAAUAUAAUUUCGAAGCCUACACCCGUUUAAAAACUAUAAUUCCUCCGGUUGGAUAGCAAAUUUGUCACUGGUAAAAAAAAAAAGGAUCACUUGCUAAAUUUGACACCUGGCAACUAAAGUAUCCUCUAUGGCAAAUUCAGUCCGGUAAUUUAAAGAGCUUGAUAAUGUUUUACGUAACCAUCACCCUUUCACGCCUAUUCUCUUCUUAAUGUACUUGGGAUCGUCUGGUAUAAAAUGGUCCACAUGAAUGCACUAUUGGUGAUGACGACUGCACUGCAUACAGGCAUGGCAAUGGCAGAUGCCUAUUUUAGAUUGCCAUUGCUUGCACGACAAGUGGUCCAUGUUGGUGAAAAAUAAAGCAUCAAGUCUGCCUUCCAUUAAUGAUUUCGCACAAGUCCAUCAGUACAAUGCAUUUACACAGUGCCGUAUCCAUAUGCAAGCAUCAGUUAAAAAAAAAAAGUAAACUGAUGUGAUAUUUUUUUUCUGUGUAGUGACAUCACAAUGUGAAGCAUUUACUUUCAGGCAAUAUAAGAUUUUGCAUGAAAGAGCACAUUAUCGUUCGCGAUAUAGCCCAAUAGGAUCUUUCUCGUUCAGCUUGUGCAUCACGACUGGUAUAUCAAAGGCUGUGGUAUGCGCUAUUCUAUCUGUGGGACCUUGCUGCUAAUCGAAAAAGUCCACGACAUGGCAACAGUAGGUUGUGUGGUCCUUAACCAUGUAACUGUAAAUAAAAUGUUACGCACGUCGUUAAAUAAAACAUUUCCUUUUCCAUA